AUGCCUGAACGUUCAAUAAAAGUCCACCCUAAUGAUCGACCAUGGGUUAAUAGCAAUCUGAAAUCACUGAUAAAUCGUCUACAAAAAGCCUUUGCAUCUGGUAAUGUCACUCUUUUUAAAAUGUUACGUAAUAAAGUUAAUCGUGAACGAAAACGUUGUCGUAAAAGCUAUUAUCAAUCUAAAGUUCAUAAUUUACGUAACACUAACCCCCGAGAUUGGUGGCGGGAAGUGAAGCAGUUGUGUGGCACAUCUAAACUAAACAACAAAAGUGUAAAAGACCGCCUCCAUCAAGAUUUAUGGCAGGAGACAGACAUAACCCUCAGUAAUAAAAUUAACAAUGUUUUUAUAAAUGUGAUACAGAACUAUGUUCCAUUAUCUGAAGAUACGGCUGUAAUUGUACACAACGAUGAAACGCCUAUUAUUGUGACCGAGUCAACUAUAUCUAGAAAAUUGCAAGAAAUUAAUACAUCGCGUUCCAGUGGCCCUGACGGUAUUUCCAAUUGGGUUUUAAAAACCUAUUCGGAUAUUCUCGCCUCACCAGUUGCAAAUAUAAUCAAUUCUUCCUUUCAAAGCUGUAAAGUCCCUCAAAUUUGGAAGCUGGCCGAUGUGGUCCCGUUACCAAAAACAUCUACUGUCAAAGACUUGGAAAGGGAAUUACGACCUAUUUCCUUAACUUCCACUCUAUCAAAGAUAGCGGAACGUCUUGUAAUCGAAAGAGAAGUAAAACCAACUCUGUUAAAGGUUGUUGAUCCCCAACAAUUUGGCUUUAUUCCAAAUUCUUCCACUGUACUUGCCUUGAUAUCGAUGCUCCAUUGUUGGUCGAGUGCAACAGAUGGAAGUGGUUCAUCU